UGGAAGCUAUUCCAAAUCUUCAAGUUAUUAAAGCAAUGCAGUCUUUGAAGUCUAAAGGACAUGUCAAGGAGCAAUUUGCUUGGAGACAUUUUUAUUGGUACUUGACAAAUGAAGGUAUUGAAUAUUUACGUGCGUAUUUGCAUUUACCGCCUGAGAUUGUACCUUCCACACUGAAGAGGCAAACAAGGUCUGAAACGACAAGACCAAGAGCACCGACAGGUGCGAGAAGCGAGGCAUCCAGGCCCACGGAAGAUCGCGCUGGAUAUAGACGAGGUCCUGGAGGACCUGGAGGUCCUGGUGACAAAAAAGCCGAUGUCGGCGCUGGAACUGGUGACGUUGAAUUCCGUGGUGGCUUUGGCCGUGGCAAACCACAAUAAUUCUUUUUACUUCGCCCCGGAAAGUCAUGAAUGGAAUGCGUUUAUUGUUAAAAAAAUCUCUUCUGCAAGGUUUACACUUCACUUCAAUCAAUUCAAUUAUCUACAAGGAAAAAAUGAUUGCUUACUCUUAAAAAGUACACCAUUACAAAUUAUGAUAUUUAUUAUUAUUAACUCAAUUAUAAAUUAAAUUUGGAAGAUUAUGAACACAUAUAACGAGGAAAAAUUGUCUAAAUAGUAAUAGCAAGUAUGUACAUUACAUAACAUUACAAAAUAAACAUAUUUUCACAUAAAA